AGCAGAUAAGUAGCUCCUAGGACGUUACAAAUAACCUAACCGGAACAUCAUUGCAGUGUCUUGACAGAGAGGAGACAUUUGUCAUUGGGCUCCAGAAUGAAUCUGUUUUUAUUAUUGGCCCCGUAUCUGCUAUGGCUCAAAACAAUGCAAACUGCGCCAACACCAGAACUGGAAGAAAUGGAUCUCCGUAUCAAAAUGAAAGCUCUUUCCAAGAUUGGUGAGGAAUAUGUGGCAGAAGAGAUAAAGAAGGCUUUGACUGGAAUAAAGAAAAUGAAAAAUAUAAUGGAAGAAAACGAAGAGAAACAUGAAAAUAUUUUGAAAUCUCUAAGGAAAACUACAGAAGAAAAAACGGAAGCCAUAAGGCUCUUCAUGGAAAUCAAUGAAAAGAUAAAUGAAGUAGAAAUACAAUGCAGGGAGCAGCUAACAGACAACAUGGAAGGAUGUAAAACCUGCCUACAGAGGUCCUGCAUUACUUUUUAUAUAUCCAACUGUUCCCAAGGGAUAACACUUUUACCUAUAAAGAUUUUCCAAGACAGAAAUGAAGAAGAAGCAAUCAUACUGGGAAGCUAUAAGUUAGAAGAAGAACACUUUCCACAGGCAGAGAACUCCUUUCAUCAGUUAUUGUCUGAUAUCAAAACUUUGUUCAAUCGGGGUCUUGUGUUCUUCAGAAAUAUCCAACAGGAACUGGACCAGUCAUUUCAGUCAACUUUCAUGUCUGGUGUAAAUCUAGCAGAUCCUGAUACUCAGACUGAUGUGCCCAACAAAAACUCUGUAAUUAUUAUUGAUUCUUUAAAACACUGGGAUUUAUCAAGUUGGAUCCAGUAUCUGUAUGAUUGUAGCAAGGCUAUUUUCCAAGGUAUUACUGAUGCCCUAUACAGUGUCUUCAAGCACCUUCAUCAAGACAACAAGCCGCUUGCAUUACCAAUGGAAGGGACUGUGAGCCAUUUUGAACACUCCUUGAAGCAGAAGCAAAUGGAAUGCAGAGAACUCCAGAACUCUUCAGGAUGUUUGCAGUAUCAAGGGAAAUGUCAGCUGUGCUAUGAGGCUUUUCUGAAAGACUGCCCUGAUGUGCUACAGCUUCAUGUGAAGUCUGAGGAAGUCUUUAAACUUGUGGGUAUAGCAGAACAGCAGUACCAAGAUCUCACCCACAUUAUUCAACAGCAUGCCGAAGACACCGCAACAUUAAUGAGCUUAAUGAAAGACAGGUUUGGAUGGGUAGUUGAGCACAAUAAUAUGCCGAUUGGAACAGAUACCAUCUUCAGUAUUGAGAAGGUGACUCUUGGUCCGAGCAAUAACGAUGGUACAGCAAAUGAAACCGUUGUAGAAGUGAGCAUCCUGAAGUCCCCAGCUUUAACAGUUAGAGUUCCUGCCAGUAUCGAUUUAGAAAACCCUAAAUCCGUACAGUAUAUAGCAGAGAUAGCAUUGCGGCAAUACAUAAACAAUGUGUGAAUGUAAAUAUCCUGCAAACAUGCAUUGCACCUGGGUUCCAUAAGGACACUGCAUUAGUACACCAACAAUAAACAGACAAGUGGGAACGCAUCUGUGAACAUCUUUACAUUUGCCCUCACUAUAUUUCAUUAUGCAGCAUUUAUACAUAUAAUAUAUAUGCAAAGCAAUGUGAUAACUUUAAAAUGAUAUAAAUGUGUUAUUUUUUUAAAUCUGAUCCAUGCACUUUUUCCACCAUAUUGUUUCUAA